AUGACAGCAGCCUCUGCUCAACCUCGUGCUCCUGUUGCCGUUACGAGGUCGUUGGAACAGGCUGUUCCUCCUGUCUUCAGGCCCCUCUUGCGCGCCUACGUUCUUGGAUACAUCUCGUCCACAACCCCUAGACUCCUUACUCUACUUUUGAUUACAUUGAGCCUAAGGCGGACGAAUAUUGAUGAGAAACCUGUUGAUGCCUUUCUUCCAUCUCUUGUCCGUAUCUUGAGAGGAGGACUUGAACUACAGAGAUUCUCCACUUUCUGCGCGGCACUCGCUGGAGGCUCAACAUUGCUCCAGGCACAUUCCAUUGCGAAAAUUAAUUGCACGGAUAGCAUCAUCCUUGUCGAAAUUGGAACAAUUGAGGUAAGAAUACUCCUGAUCACUAUACAAUUAGCAAGAUGCAUGUCUACCUUCAUCGCAGCUUGGUUUAGUCUAAGACUUCUCCAAUCGAAAAAGAGCGAGGCCUUCAUAGACCAUGUUUCUGAAGCAACUCCUACGGGAGCACCUCUUAGACCCAUACAGUUUGCAGGUCGAACCAUGGAUUUAACUUUAUUUGCCGUCACCCGAGCUGUUGAUGUAAUCGUGGGGGAAUUAUGGGCCCAGCGUAAGAGUCGGCGAGCUGCGGCAGGCCAAUGGACGAUGAUUGAGAAAUUGGCAUCAACUCUCACUGACUCCUCGAUCUUUGCUAGCUCAUGUGCGUUAAUCAUGUGGGCAUGGGUAUAUACACCGGAUCGCCUGCCACCAUCCUACAACAAAUGGAUCAAGUCCGCCGCUGCUGUCGACCAACGUCUGCUUACAGCCCUCCGACGUGUCCGAUUCGGAGAGAUAAAAUACGGUUUGGAGACAGGACAGGCUCAUGUACUUCAAGGGAUGUGCAAGGACUACAACCUGCCCUUAGAUUACGGGGAUCCCGUCAAGAGCAUCCCAUAUCCAUGCGAAAUAGUGCAUAUGGGGGUUGGGAAAAGCUGUGAAAAACACGCACUGUCCAGAUGGGUAAGGUCUUUCCUCUGGGCCUUCUCAACAUAUCUCCCCCUAAACCUCAUCCUCACAUUGCGAACGCCAAGCAAGAAACGGUUUAGACACGCAUUGGAGUCCUCGGCACGUUCAUCGGCAUUCCUCGGAACUUUUAUCGCAGUUUAUUACUACGGUAUUUGCCUCGCACGAACUCGAAUCGGCCCUCGUAUACUCGGAACAAGUAUCCCUCGCCGCCAACAGAUUGAUUCCGGCAUAUGCAUAGGCUCUGGGUGUGCAUUCUGCGGAUGGAGCGUCUUGAUCGAAGCCGCAGGCAGAAGGAAGGAGCUCGGUCUUUUCGUUGCACCUAGAGCCUUGGCUACGUUGUUUCCUAGGCGCUAUGUUUUGGAGAAUCAAUGGCGAGAGACGUUGGCUUUUGCGAUCAGUACGGCUGUUGUGUUCACGUGUGUUGCUGAGAGGCCCGAGAGAGUUAGGGGCGUUUUCGGAAAGCUUCUUCGGAAAGUUCUGACUACUUGA